GGCAAGCCUAGCCACGGGGAACGAUGGUUUGCAACUCAAAUCAAUCUUGGCUUCACCAUGGCCAGGAAUUUAUUCGUAGCUUCUAACGGUGAGGGGCACUGAAACAUGAAAGCGGGAGCUCCUUGGUGAUUGGCCAGUAAAAGCGAGUACCUGCCUAAGGUAUUGCACACAGUGGGGAAGUCUCCGUGUUUAGUCCGAAGUCACUGUUUUCACCUCAACUUUGAGCGAUCGCGUCAAGCUCAAGAGCAGUCCUCGCUACUGCAACACCGCAUCCAACCUCCACCAUGGAUAUUGACACCGAUGACGAUAUUCUGGGGAAGGUCGCCAAAGAUGGCACCAUAGACUACUCGGGCUGGCCGACCCUCUUGCCAGACCUUGUGUCGCGCAUCGAGAAGAUUGCACAUAAUGAAUUCCCAAUUCCCCGCAUUCCUCCUCCGAAGCCACCGGCCCGCGCCCCUUCGCCACGAUUCCUUGCCCCGCUACCCUCCUCCGACCCGAUCGAGCCUCCACAUUCGCCAGACUCAGCGUCAUCGUCGCAGGAGACGAACAAGGAGAAUGCAAACCCAUCCGCCGCAACGGUGCCGGCAACGGCAAACCCGGCCGGUCGAUCUAUUUCCAUGUCCGCCCCGAUGCUACCACCUCUCCAACCGCCCAUCGAACCCGGGACUCUCCCUCCGCCCAUCAAUGCCCUGCUGGACAACAUCACCUCUAUCCUAACCGUCAACUUCCCCCAAUACCCACCCCACACGGUCCAGCGCCUCUCCGAGAUAGUCUUGCACCCUAAGCAGCACUACCGCAGCCUCACCGCCUAUCUGCAUGCGCUCGACCGCCUAGUCCAUGUCACGAGCGGCGCCAACACCUACCCGUUGCCGCCAGCCAUCCCAGACAUAAGCGACAUGACGCGGCUUGCAAACGGGGCCGGCGCGAGCGGCCAGGCCGGCCUGAUGACCACGUCCGCGGCCAAUAAUGUCGGCAGCGACGAAGCACUAGGCGGCGCGCUCCUGACGCCGAUCCCGUGGCUGACCAGACGGGCAAACGGGGACGAAGACGGCACGGGGAGCGAGUCCGGGGGUAGCAGCUCUCCGCUGUCCGCGCAGGGCCAUGGCCAGGGACAGGACCAGGGACAGUCGCCGCAACACCGUUCCAGCCACAGCCAACAGUCCGGCCCUGGCGGGCGGCCACUGGAGGGGCAGGUCCGCACCGAGCACACCGAGACCAUCGACGGGCCCAACGGCGUCGGCAGCAUCGAGACAGUCUCCGUCUCAGUCAACGGCAUCCCGUCCACCGGCGCCGGCGGCGGGGGCGCCGUCCUCGUGUCGCGCGGCGUCACGCAGGGCGAGCUGCUGCGCCAGGAGCAGCGCGCGGGCGUUGUUCCCGUCAGCCAGCUCUCGCGGCACGGCCACGGCGCCGGACCACCCCACGCGGGAGGCGGCGGCGGCGGCGGCGGCGGCGGCAUGGGGGCAUCCGAUGCGCCCGGCAGCACCCCCACGGCGGCGGCGGCGGCGGCGGCGGACGAGGACGCGGCCAUGCCCGACGAGCACGAGAUGAUACCGCACGCGCGGGGCCCCGAGGAGAUCGGCGCGGCGGACACGGGCCCGCAGCAGGAGACGACCAGCAGCUACGUGACGGGCGGGGCCGGCGGCGUCGGCGGCGUCGAUAUGCACGGCAUCGACGUCGAGCGCGCCGUCGGGCGGCGCUCAGACCACCCUACGGCGAGUGGGGGCGGCGAGCAACAGCAGCAGCAGCAGCGAGGUGGUGGCAGCACCAGCAGCGGCGGCAGCAGCCCAGAAGGAGAGGCCGUGGUGCCGCGGUCGCCGAAGCGCGAGGCCGAGGAGGAUAUCGAGGGCGGUGCGAGCAAGAGGAUCCGCGAGGACGACGAUGGGGCCGCCGCCGCCACCGUGGUAGCUGGUGAUGGGAAUGGCGACGUCGCGCCGCCGAAGAGGGAUGCUGAAGGGGACGUUGUCAUCGCCGAUAGUGCCGAGGCCGCACCUGAGGCCGAGGCUGCUGGAGGUGGUGGGGAGGAGCCCGGGAGCGAGGCCGAGACGGCUGCUGCUGCUGAUGAUGAUGGUGCGAAGGAUGGAGUUACGGGGUGAAAAGAAGAAGAAAAGAAAAGAAAACGUGGAGGCGUCUGACUCGAGGCGUAUACUCCUUUCGAUACAGGGGGGAAUGGUUGGGCCCCUCGCCCGACUCCAAGCAGAGGCCGGGGCGGGAAUGAUACGAUACCAUUUGCGAAACGACUGUGUACGAUUCAAAUCCAUAGGCGUUGGGCGGUGAUGGACCACCACUACUACAUUGUUUAGUUGAUCAAUUACGAUGCCGACGAGGUGCUGUAAAAUGCCCCUUUUCGCAAGAGACCUACUACACAUUUGCUCCUCCUGCCGGCCUAGCUAAAAACCAGGCGCGUUCAUACUUUUGAUAUGGUACUGUACCAACCAAGAGGAGAUGUGUGCACCGUCCUCAGUCAAAGCCCGUCAAAAAUAUCAAGC